AUGAGUUUGUUAGUUAGCCUACGUUUUCUUGUCCUAUCGGCUCUGCUAACCCGGGCAAAUGCUAAUUUAGGAGUUUUCAAUAAAGAAAAGAUAGCUGAUGAUGGACAUGUUUAUGGAAUUGUUGCAAAAUAUUACAACAACGUUCCACAGCUUUCAGCUGGUUCGUGUGUAUUUGUUUCUGAUAAAUAUCUAGAUUAUAAAAUAUGCGAAAUGGAUUUGUUUGUUGGAGAAUCUGUUGUAAUUCAGUGUGAGCAACGUGCGCACAGUAAAAAUAUCUUGUAUUUAACAAAAGAACCAUUAUACCUAUCUACAAAAUACAGAGAAUCCCUUUUAACUAAACAUAAGAAAAUAUUAUUAUCUUCAUACAUAGAAAAAAUCAAACCGAAUAUUAAAAUAACGGAGCUGAAGAAAUUUGGUUACACAGCAACUCUACUUCAAUGGCCAUGGGAUGGAACUGAGCCUAAUAACCAAUACGAUUUAAAUUUCAACUGUGUACGUGAACAUACCAAUAAAAAAUUUACUACAAAAUUAUCUACUAUAAAAAUUAGAUUAAUGCCUUCCCCUAAAUAUAGAGAGUCUACAAGUUAUUUACAUUUAAAGAACAUAAUAAAUCCCGAAUCCAGCGAUAUGAUAAGAUAUUAUAAGCAUUUAACGUAUGGGCAAGAUUUAAAGAUUGUAGGUAAAAACAUUGAGCUAGUUAGUUAUACCAGUAACGGAACAAAAGACAAAAAUACUCUUCAUAACGCUGAUUCCGAUAUAAUUUUUAAUUCUAAAGAAUCAAAAUCGUUUAUAGGUUCGGGAAUCGACCACAGAUAUGUCACUUUAACCGAUACGUCUGCAACUGUAAAUUUAAAAAACCCUAAAAAUAUUUUCGGAAAUGACGAGAGAAAUAUAAUCCAUAUUAUCGUUGGUUAUAAAACAAUUAUGCCUGAGUCAGUAAAAUCAUUAAGUAUCAUUUUAUAUCUAUAUGCUCCAACAUAUUAUUCUAGGUUAAGCGUAUGCGGGGAAAUUGAUGGCUCUUUUGAUAAUACGAAAAGAGGAGUCUCAAAUUUAGGCAAUACAUGUUAUAUUGAUCCAAAUAUAACGCAGACAAUAGCUUUGCAUUGCGAUGAAGAGAAUAGUUUGAUUCCAUCUGAAGAUUUGAAUAUUUGGAAAAAUCAAGAUAAUGAAGAUAUCCAUCUUUCUGAUAUUAUUAAAAUUGAGUCAAUCAAAAAGAUAUCCCCUUCUCUAACAGUAAUAGACUAUUCACCUCUCGUAAAUGAUCUAAAUGGAUUCAAGUAUAUGGAUAACCAUGAAAUGUACAUGCGCAGUGUUACAUCUUUGUGCAAAGCAAAAAAUACAGAAAUUGACUCCGAAAGUUCCCAUGGAGAACAAGCGAGAUUUAUAUUUGCAAAUAUGCAUAUAAAUGAUUUUGAAAAUGAUCCAGAAUUCAUUGAAACUAAUAGGUAUGAAACAUUUCUAUAUCCUGAAGGACAUGUUCAAAUUACCUGUCCUAAGUUUAAUGAAAAAGAGACCCAAGUCGGACCAAAUGUAAAGGACAAGAUAUAUAUCAAAGAUGAUAGUAGUAAAGAAUUUAAACUUAAAAUUGUGGAUAUCAGUGAGAUAUCCACUGGUCUCAAAAGAAUACUAAAUGGUCAUACAACAAAAUUAAUACAUUCUUCCCAUAAUGAAAUUAAAGGUGAAUUAUAUGAUUUUUAUUUAACAUGCGUUAAUAGUGAUGAGUCAGAUCCUAACAAAUUUAUCGGUUUAACAAGAAUAGUUUUGAUGGAUAAACCUUUACCUAUGGCUAAUGGAAUGAUUGAUUAUACUAAAAUCAAUGAAAUUAAAAAAGGAGAGAUAUCCUUCUGGUCAAUACCAAAUUUGAACGAGACUAACAUUAAAAUAGACUGCUCCAAAUUUUUUCAGCAAAAAGAAAAUCUAAAAAUCGAUAUUUACCCAAAUAAAUGGAAUACUAUUAUUUUGGAUAGGCCAAAUAAAAAAUGGACACCUGAAAUUGCAAUUACUGCAAAUUUCGGACAUUCUUUUUUAUCAAACGGAUUUUUCAUUGGACAAAAUAGUAAAAACACGAACAUCAUAAGUGCACAUAUCAAUGAUCAUGCAACUCUAAUAUCUCAAUACAAAAUUCCAUUCUACUAUGUGUGUAUCGCCAGUACUACUUCAGCACCUGUAGAAAAUAAAAAAAAAUCAAUAGAUGCAGAUACAUCUAAAAAAAUCACAAAAGAACCCGAAGAUGAUGAUAAAGCUGAAGUUUUACCUGGAAAUCUUAGUGCUACUGGAGAUAGCAUAGCAGUAUUUGAGUGGAUACCACCUGUCAUAUAUAAAAAAAUCAAAGGUUGCGGUAUAGACACAAAAUACUUUAUAGAUGAUUAUGGAAAGAAUUACAAUAGUAAAUCAUGUACUUUUGAUAUCACGAAUCGUGAUUUGUACGGAGAUCCCAUUGCUUUUCAUUGUCCUACGUCUGUUUAUCAAAAGAAUCCAAUUAAAUGCUACGAUAGAUCAAGUCUUAUUGAUAGCAUCUUCCAUACUAAAAAGGAAGUCUCAAUAUUUGGAGACCCUGUUAAUAAAAAUGAAGCUAGAUCGUUAUGGUAUGUCGUUAGGGAGAAUUUUAGAAAACCAGAUCCAUCAUACAACGGUUACGUCACAGUAGAUUGUUUUUGCUAUGAUGAGAAUGAGAAUAUAAUUUCAUCAAUAUCAAUAACAAAUAAUGCAAAAUUUAUCGUAUUUAAUGUAUCAUUCGUAUCAUUAAUAACAUUAUCACUUAUACUAAUUGGAUAA